GAUCAUGCAUUUUGUCAAUUUGUAGAAGUCAAAUCAAGGUUGCAAUCAGAACUCUAUAGUUUGAACUGGCGUGACAAGACAAGUAAAUAUGGAGAGGAUCUACCUUCACCUAGUACUACCAAACUGCAAGAUGGCAAAAAUGAUAAUUUUCUACUCCAGUUCACAUCAUUAUGAAGAAGAAAACUAGGCAUAACAGUCUGUUUGAUAGUGUAUAUCUCACUUAGAGCUGAUUCGCUGGCAUCUUCUCUUGUUAUAUUUCUAGUUAGCAUGGAGUAACUUAACUCUCCAUGUUAUCUUUCAGAGCCCCAUAGCGGAAAAAUAAAAGGAAACCAGGGAUUCGAUAUGGAGAACUCCCUCUUUCUAGCCUUCUCUUCAUUUCUUUCUCUUCUUUUUGUUAUCCAUUUUAUUCCUUUGGCAGCCUCAACUCCAUCAUACCUGAGUUUCCUUCAGUGCUUAUCCAAACAUUCACAUCCAUCCGACCACAUACUGUCAAGAGUGUACACUCCAAACAAUUCCUCAUAUAAAUCUGUGCUACAACACUAUAUCAGAAACCAGAGGUUCAACAGAUCAACCACUACAAAGCCGGACAUUAUUUUUACUCCGUUACAAGAAUCCCAUGUUCAGGUUGCUGUCAUUUGCUGCAGGAAAACUGACAAAUACCUAAAGAUUCGAAGUGGAGGGCAUGACUACGAAGGCAUUUCUUAUGUCUCCAACAUCAGUUUUGUUCUUCUUGACAUGUCUAGCCUGCGUUCAAUUGAUGUAGAUAUCCACAAUGAAACUGCUUGGGUCCAAGCUGGUGCACUUCUAGGCGAACUUUACUACAAAAUUUGGGAGAAAAGCAAAAUUCAUGCCUUCCCAGCUGGAGUUUGCCCAACUGUUGGUGUUGGUGGACACAUAACUGGAGGAGGAUACGGUAACCUGUUAAGAAAAUAUGGACUGUCAGUUGAUAAUUUUAUUGAUGCGCGCAUAGUAGAUGUUCAUGGUAGAAGUCUUAACAGAGAAUCAAUGGGAGAAGACCUGUUUUGGGCGAUCAGAGGUGGGGGUGGUGCUAGCUUUGGAGUGAUAUCAGCCUACAAAAUUAGGCUGGUAAAAGUUCCUGAUGUUGUAACUGUUUUCCGGAUAGUGAGGACCCUUGAACAAAAUGCAAUUGACAUUGUUUACAGGUGGCAAUUCAUUGCAGAUAAAAUAGAUAACAAUCUCUUUAUAAGGUUAACUCUAAAACCUAUUGAUGUACAGCAAAAAGGAACAAAGACAAUUACAGCAUCAUUUGUAGCAUUAUUUCUUGGAGAUUCCAGAAAACUUCUAUCCAUCAUGGAUAGGGAUUUUCCUCAAUUGGGUUUACAUACCGAGGAUUGCAAGGAGAUGAGUUGGAUAGAAUCUGAGCUUUUCUGGGCAAGUUUCCCUAAUGGAACACUACCUGAUGCUUUGCUCAACCGAAAGCCUGGAGCGAAGUUUCUGAAGCGCAAGUCAGACUAUUUGCAGAAACCCAUUCCCAAGGAUAAGCUGAAAUCUAUAUUAGAUAAAAUGAUUGAAUUAGGAGACACAGAGUUGGUAUUCAAUCAAUAUGGUGGAAGGAUGAGUGAGAUCCCAGAAUGGGAAACUCCAUUUCCCCACAGAGCAGGAAAUAUAUUUAAAAUCCAGUAUGCAGCAAAUUGGGGGAAAGAAGGAAAGGAAGCAGAGAACUUCUAUUUGAACCAGACCAGAGUAUUGUACAACUACAUGACACCUUUUGUGACAAAAUCCCCGAGAUGUGCAUUUUUAAAUUAUAGAGACCUUGACAUAGGGGUCAACCAUAAUAGAAAUAACCGCUACAUUGAAGGUCGUGUUUAUGGACUGAAGUAUUUCAAGGAUAAUUUUAAUAAAUUGGUCAAAGUCAAGACUUUGGUUGAUCCAGAUAACUUCUUCUGGAACGAACAGAGCAUCCCUCCUUUAGCAGUUUAAAGUAUAAGUAUAGGGGUAAUAAAGGCAUGGUGAUGCCUGAGCAACCUUGAGGUGUCAGUAUUUCCACAGCCAUUUUAUUUUGGCCCAUUUCUUUCUGUUGAAAGAUUAGUUUUAGAGACAACCUUCUGUAUGAUUUGUAUAUGCAACUUCCUUUAAAGCUGAAUCAAGUUUGCUUCCAGGGACUAAGAAAUGCAAGCAACACACACCUUUCUCAAUUCUCAUACAUCUUAAUAAGCCUCAAAUAGAAUCUGUAGUUCUGUUUCCCCUUUUUUUUUCUUUCUUUUUUUCAAACUUCACUGAAGUUCUGUAGGUCUGGCUCAUAAGUAUAA